AUGGCAUUCGGUCGAUCCGGAGAUCCGUCACAAGGCAAUUCAUCUGCAGCCACACGCGACUUGGCGAUCAAGGGAUGGACAAAUUCGAAACUCGCAUCCACACCAGACCAGGGAGUUGCCUCACUACUGGUAUUUCUCCGCAAGAAAUCCGGGGAUCGCCAAAUAUUGUCAAACAAGGUCGUCGGCCGCGCCAACAAUGUCCUCAUUAUUACCGUCUAUGAAAACGACAAAGAUCGAUUUUAUCAUUUAAACAAUUUCCAGUGGGCUGGCAGUACUCUUAUCGUCGAAGAUUCGAAACCUCCUCCCAACAGUAUCAAUAGAUUCCAGCAAAAUCAGGCCCAUGAUCGGUCUCAAAAUCACCUACCCUCAGCUCAACAAUCUCAACCACCUAGGUCUACUUUUGGCCAAAAUGGCACGACACCCCACGGCCGUCACCAACCACCCAGCGGACCUCGAGGGGGUGGGAAUGCUCACUACAACCAACCUCGAAACAAUCCCCGCUUUGGUGCGCAAGACAACAACAGAAACGACCCUCUUACAAACGAAGUUGAAAAUACCAUGAUCUCAGUCCUACGCAAACGCUACGAUCCUUCCCUGAAACUCCUAAGUCUCAAUGCUCUCGGCGCCGACGAAGAACUCCUACAAAUUCCUGGCAUACUCGGAUCAGACCCUGCCAAAGUCUUUGAAGCCAUCUUUACUAUCUGCAAAACCAAAAUUUUCGAAACCCCCAGCAAACGUGACGAGUCCGUCCAGAGCAUCACACUGAGCAACAACGGCUUUGAAUCCGUCGAACAGAUCAUGUCUCUGUCAAGAACCUUUCCACGCCUCCGAAAUCUCGACCUUGGCCACAAUAAAUUUGCCAGUAUGGAUUCGCUGAAGUUUUGGAAGAACCAGUUCCGUGAUCUGGAGCAUUUGAUCUUACAAGGCAACCCUGUCAACGAUCUCCCGGAGACAUUGUCGACUUUACGUCAGUGGUAUCCAAAUCUCAAAUUGUUCAACAACCUUCCCGUCGCCGACAAUCAAUCCACGGCGCCAAAUGCACAACCGCCUGUACCGGCGCAAGCGGUACCGGUAGCAGCCGGCCGCCUGCCGCAUCCCGAAAUACCGGCAGACUCUCUAUUCGGCGUUCCCCAAGCAGACAAGCCUGCAGAAAUCCUUGAACGCGAGAAGAUGGGCCUGCAGUUCAGUUUCGAGACGAAACUGCGGCUGGCAGCCGUCGAGGAGUGCCUGGCGGCCAACAACUGGGAUUACGCCUUGGCCAUGAAAAACUUCAUGGACCUCAAAGCGCAAGGCGCAAUCCCGGCGGAGAAGUUUAUACCGGGUGUUUAG